AUGAGAAAAAAAGUCAAUUUAUCCGUUCUUUUCUUCCUUUUUCUGAGCACAAAAGCGCAGGAAGUGGCUCCGGCGCGAUUUCAGGUAGUCUAGGUGCUAAAAAUAGAGAAAAAAAACAGUUUUUUUUUGCAGAUUCUCAACCCAAAAUGGGAAGAAAUGGAGUCGCUCUUCGUCUUGGCCAUCUGGGUACUUUUGACCGGGCUCGUCAAAGUCUGUGAGUUCAUUUCCCUUACUUUUCAAAAAAAUAGUGAACAUAUUUUUUAGUUUUAACCAAAAUCAAACCUGUUGUGAAAAUUGUACCUGAUUCCGCGAUGCAAAUCAUCCUGGGGAUAGGACUCGCGGGUCUUUUUGCCAUUCUUGGACUUGAUCGGCGAUUCUACGUUUUUGACUCAUAUACAUUCUUUGCCUUUCUGCUUCCGCCUAUCAUUUUUGACGCUGGUGAGCAGUUUGGGCAUUUUCAUUUAUGUGCUCCAAGGACAAAACCUUUUUUCAGGAUACUUUAUGCCGAACCGAGCCUUCUUCGAAAACUUUGACUCAAUCAUGUCGUUCGCAGUUGUGGGAACCGUUUUCAAUACGUUUGCUAUCGGUUAUAUAUUAUUUUGAGAUCAGAAAAUAAAUUAAUAAUUUCUUCCAGGAGGCUCGUUGGCUCUUCUCAACCACUUUGAUUGGUUCUCUGUCAAAUCUUCCACUUCGGAAAUAUUUCUUUUCGCUUCCCUUAUCUCUGCAGUCGAUCCGGUUGGUUAAAGAUGAGCUCUCAAAACUAACCUUUGUCCUUUUUGGGUGGCGGUAAUCGCGGUUUUCGAAGAACUUAACGUCAACAAGAUGCUUUUUGUGACCGUUUUCGGCGAGGCUCUGUUUAACGACGCAAUUUCAGUGGUAUUUUUUCUCCUCUUUUAUUCAGUCUGCUCUUAUUUUCAGGUGCUCUACGGGAUUUUCAAGAGCUUCACUGUCGCUUCAGAUUCUUUGGAAGCUGGCCAACUCUUCCUGGGUUUCAUCGCCUUUUUUGUCGUCGCUUUCGGCGGCGUAGUCGUUGGAAUCACUUCCGCUGCGCUUUCCGCCUUGGCUACUAAGUUAAAAAGAUUUCAAGGAGGUUUCUUAAAAACUCAAACUUCCAGAAUAACCGGAGAAACUCCCAUAAUCGCCCCGCUUUUGGCCCUGGUUGUGCCCUACAUCGGUUACAUUCUCUCAGAAGUUAUUUCCUUCUCUUCGAUCAUUGCGUUAGUAUUUUUUUCGAAGUUCAAAGUUGAAAUAAUAUUUUACAGGGCCGCCGUUUGCGGAAUGGCGAUGAAGCAGUACGUCAAGAGCAACAUGGAUCAACCUGGCGUUGAAACGGUCCGUUGCACUACGAGAAUCCUUGCAAUUUCUUCAGAAACUGCGACUUUUUUGUCAGUUUCUUCUCGAAAGUUGCCAAAUUAAACGCUUUUCAAGGCUUCUGGGUCUUGCGACAAUCUCCGUCGAUCACCAUUGGGAUACGGUUUUUGUGUGCUCAACCGUGUUAUUCUGCUUGGUGUAUAGAGUUGUAGGUGAGUUUUAAAUUUUUUUUUUAGUUCGAAAAAAUUUUAAAAAGGCUCAGAACAGUUCAGGCUAGUAGAGCUUUUGAGUUUUCCAGAAAGUCUCAAAAAUAAAAUAGGAAAGGAAACAUAAAUUUUUACAGCUAUUCUUGUUCUCAGUCUUCUGCUGAAGAUUACUCGAGGCAACCAAAUUUCCUUGGUAGGGUAAGAAACCCCUCGGUGUUUGAAACGAAGUUCUCAGGUAAAUCGUAUGAUAAUCUGCUACGGAGGUCUUCGUGGUCCCAUUGCCUUCGGAUUAGUUGUUUCCAUGCCAGCUUUCAUCGUUGGGAAAAGCAUGUUCACAACGGCCGUCCUUGCUGUCAUCUUCUUCUCGGUUAUCUUACAGGUAUUCACGAUUUCCUAAUUAGAGAACAUCGAAAUAAAAAUUGGGAAGGGAUGAGUGAGAGCAAGUCGUCAAAAAGGCUCUUUAACUAAAGUUAUUCUAAAUAUCGAUUGCUCUAGGCUGUCAAUGCUUUCUAAGGGAACCCAGCAAAAGUCGUUUUGUGGUCGGGCGCACGGAAAAAGUGGAGCCAUUGGACGAGCCAUUCUAAUUACGGUCAUAGUGUUUUGAAUGGUGUUCUCGAGAAGUAAGGCUAUGGAUUUAUUUGAAAAUUUUCUUAAAUUGUUUCUCAUUUUAAAAUUCACCAAGAUUAAUGACGUCACAAAUGACAUUUUCAACGUUUUUUAAACGAUGAUUUUUUUAAAAGGUUUCUCAACCUUCCUAUUUUUGAUAUGUUUUUUUUUUAACUUUUCCGCAAAGAACCGCAAAAAAAAUAUUUAUAAGCGUUCUCGUUACCAGCUUGCUCUAAUGUCUUUAGUCUAAAAUGACGUCAUAAAAUAACAAUGACGCCAUUUUUCAGGGUACAACCAUCCGCCCAUUACUUUCUUGGCUCAAGGUCGAGCGCGACGAAGUGAGCACUGAAACUGUCACUUCGGUAAUGCAAUCUGAAGUAAUAAAUACUUUGAUAAUCAGUAGUUUAUUCUUUAUUCAGAGUUUGGAUUAUGCUAUUUCGGGAAUCGAAUCAAUAGCUGGUACACGAACACACCAACGGAUUAAUCAAUUGUAUUUAUUGAAAGAAAUAAGUUGGGAAAUGGAAAAUCUCAUUGAGGUUUGAGCGCGUCAAUUCAAAGUUUCUGCGGCCGGUCUUGACAAGAAACACAAGAAAAUUGGAUCACGAGGAGGAAAAAAUAGCGAGAACUGUGAGGAAAGUCGUCCUUCAGGAAGCUAUCAAUGAAGAGAGGUUUAGAAACUUCCAUCAAGAUAUUCCGAAAAAAAAAGAAUCAUUUAGCUCCAAUCAAUGGGAAAUGCGAGAGAUGAAGGACUCGGAGAGCAAAAUAAAAAGUCUUGAGAAGGUUCUUCAAAACUGAUUCAAAAUUUUCAAAAGUUUUCAGCUUCUCGGACCUGAAAACGUUCAACUUCUACACAACGUCCUGCACUCGAUGUCAAAGGUUGAAAACGUUUUGAUUUUUUUUUUCCGAUUCUGGAACUUUUCAGGCCCCUCCCACUAGCUAA